AUGUACGAAAUUUUUGAUCAUGUGGCUAAUAACUCUUUGCUAAUCGAGCCGAGUCUCAUCUCGUUUGGUCCGGUGACCUCCGUCGGUUUCGACUUUACGCCUCUUUUUGAAGAUACCAUCCUCUCUUUGCUGCCAUCGACUUUGCUUUUACUAUGUAUUCCACAUCGCCUGGUAGCCCUUUAUGGCCAGCGAGCCAAGGUGGCCUCUGGGGGCUUCUUGCACGAAAGCAAAUUGAUUUUUUUAGCCAUGUUUGCCCUGCUCCAGCUAGUGCUGCUGAUUGUCCACAUUCUCAACUCAUCUCUGCGCACCACUGCUACGAUUGCCGCAUCGGUAUUGUCCUUCGUGGCCAGUUUAGGGCUGUGUGUGCUUUCACACUUUGAGCAUUCUCGUUCUAUUCGCCCAUCGCCCAUCAUCAAUGGGUACAUCCUUAUCACAUUAAUCUUUGACGUGGCUCGUGUGCGAUCGAUGUUUCUUGAUUUGAACAGUAAGUUCGUCGCUGGGAUUUUCUCUGGAAUGAUUGGCGUCAAGGUGAUGGUCCUGCUUGCCGAGGCGGUCGAAAAGCGCAAUAUUCUCCUAGAGCCAUAUCGGGGUUUAUCACCAGAGGAAACAAGUGGCAUAUACAGCAAAUCGUUCUUCUUCUGGUUGAAUCAGCUCAUGACAUCUGGGUUCCAGCGCGUUAUCAAAAGUCAAGAUCUUUACCCGAUUGAUAGCGAUAUGUCUUCCCAUAAUAAGAAGAGGGCUCUUUUUUGGGCUGUGAUGCGCGCGAACAAGAAGCAGCUCGUUUACUGUAUCAUCCCCCGUCUCUUCCAGAUCGGCUUCAAGUACACACAGCCUUUCCUUCUGACACGAACAAUCGCGUUUGCGAACGACGCAUCUCAGCCAGACAACAUUGGCUGGGGCCUCACGGGCGCUUUCUUCGUCGUGCUUCUUGGUGUUGCGAUUUCAAAUGGCAUCACCUACCAUAUGACUUAUCGCCUUGUGACUAGUGCUCGUGGCAAUUUGAUCAGCAUCAUUUACGCCAAAACGGUUGACCUCAGCAUCACGGCGCUCGACGAGUCAGCUGCAGUGACUCUGAUGUCCAGUGAUGUGCAGUCCAUCUGUAACGGCUUCGCAUUGAUGAAUGAACUGUGGGGAGUGCCCAUCGAGCUAGCCGUCUGUCUCUAUCUAUUGACUCGCCAGCUUGGUCUUGCAAUACUCGCACCAGCCAUCUUGUCACUCGUGUCUAUUGUUGCUAUCUUUUCUAUGGCAAAGCUCAUGGGAAGGGCUUAA